AUGCCCCCAGUUUUCAAGCAAAACAUCAUCGAAGGAAUGCUCUACACACUCCAUUUCCAACGUGUCCCCCCAAAAAAAGCAUAUGUAACCCUGAAACGAAUGACUGGAGAGGAGACAAUGAGUCUGGAACAAAUCAAGGAUCUGUUCCAGCAAAUGGACGCGGGAACUUUUGAUCUACGGGAUAAGGAAGGAGAACAGGUGUCCAUGGAGAGAGCGAAGAAUGUGAAGGCUGAGCAACAUGUGGAUGUUAUGACAAGACUCCAAAUCCACAAAAUCUGCUCUCAACUCCCGCCGAGCCUCGUCCACGAAGCCCCUCAAUAUAUCCGAAACUUCAUCUAUUUCUACGGGAACAACUUCAUCGAACUCUCCAUCAACAACGUAUUCCAUGUGAGAUACGAAUUGGAGCCGCAAGGAAUUACAGCAGAACACGCGGAUCAUCAGAUGACGUGUAGAAGAUUUGCGACUGAAAAGGAUUUUCCCGCUGUUUUGAGACAGAAAUUGACGGCAAUAUUUGGGAAUCGGAAUCUGGAAAUUGGGACGAUGAAGAUCCACGAGGAUAUCAAUGCAACUUAUGGGAUGAAAGUUCUACGUCGAGUUUUGCGUCAAAUGAAUCGGAAAUUCAAUGUGAAAACGCUCAAGUACUAUGUCCUAGACGUGGAUAAGAAUCUUACAAAAAUUGUGAAAACGCUGACCCCCAAAUAUUUGGAAUCCCUCAUCAUCCAUCACUUCCAAGCAUCUCGCCACUCGGAUAACUUCGAUACAGCAUUAUACGAGACGGAGCAGUGGAAGAAAUUGAAAAUGGUUCGGAUGAAACAUUAUUUGAGUGAUUUACCCACGAUUAUCGAGCACUGGACUCAUAUGGAAAGAAGUUCGAUUAGUUAUAAGGUUCCUCGCGAAAAUGUGGUCUCGAGGAGAGUGGUUCUUAAUGGAUUUGAUGAACUUUUAGAGAAAUAUCUGGAAAAUGAGAAUCUCUUCGAAGCUCAUAUCUACAUCAGAGACUUCAACGACACUGCCGCCUAUCAACUGAAACAAGCCUUCAAAGAGGGUGGUGAAUUCCGGAACGGCAUGGUCUAUUUCGAAAGUCCGUUUGGGGAUGGAAAACCAAUGUGCGUUGAGUUCAGUAGAACUUGUCUAUGCUUUUUGGGACCGGCGUUUAUAGACCCGGCGGAUGUUGGAGAUGUUGGGACAAUGUAUUCCAGCGAGGAGGAGGAAGAAGAGGAGAUGGAUGAGGAUGAGGAGGAGGCGGAGCCAAUCUAUGAUACCGAGGAUAGUGAUGACGAAGAAGAGCAUAUUGUUGAUUGA